GGGUGCAGGCGGCGGCCCCGCCCCGGGAGAGGCGGGCAGGGCGGGGGUAUUAGAGGCGCGGAGCCGCCGCCCAGUCCUGCACCGAGCGCGUCGCAGGAGCCACCCGGAGCGAGCGAGCCAGCGAGUGCCGGCGCGGGGAAAAUGUCAGACGGUUUUUCGCUUAAAGAUGCCUUAUCUGGGUCUGGAAACCCAAACCCUCAAGGAUGGCCUGGUCCCUGGGGAAACCAGCCUGCUGGGGCAGGGGGCUACCCAGGGUCCGCCUAUCCCGGCGCCUACCCUGGACAGGCACACCCUGGCGCCUACCCUGGCUCAACCCCUGCUUAUCCUGGACCAAAUGCAUCAGGAGGCUACCCUAGUGGGCCUGGUGCCUACCCAUCUCCUGGACAGCCAGGUGCUCCUGGAGCCUACCCUGCUGCCGGGCCCUAUGGCGUCCCUGCUGGACCACUGACUGUGCCUUAUGACCUGCCUUUGCCUGGAGGAGUCACGCCUCGCAUGCUGAUAACAAUUCUGGGCACAGUGAAGCCCAAUGCAAACAGGUUUGCUUUAAAUUUCAACAGAGGGCAUGAUGUUGCCUUCCACUUUAACCCGCGCUUCAACGAGAACAACAGGAGAGUCAUUGUUUGCAAUACAAAGCAGGAUAAUGUCUGGGGAAGGGAAGAAAGACAGGCGGUUUUCCCAUUUGAAAGUGGUAAACCAUUCAAAAUACAAGUGCUGGUUGAAGCUGACCACUUCAAGGUUGCGGUCAAUGAUGCUCACUUGUUGCAGUACAAUCAUCGGAUGAGAAAUCUCAGAGAAAUCAACACACUGGGCAUUUCUGGUGACAUAAAUCUCACCAGUGCUUCGCACACUAUGAUAUAAUCUUAAAGGGGCAGAUGCUUUUUAAAAAAAGGAAAUUGAAUGUAAACUUUACACAUUUAAAGGGUUCAUGUUGACUAGGAGUGAAAAGUUUUACCUUUAUUCAUCGAUGUCCUUCUUGUAAAUCAUCCAUUGAAUAAAUACUCUAAGAGUUA